UGUUGACAACUUCCUUAGUAACAAGGAGGUUGCUAUGAUUGAGCAUUUAGCCAAACGCUACCUCGGGAAAGUCAGAUAUUUUGAGUAUUUUUGAAUGUGUGGAUAGGUGUUCGUAGCACCGCCAUGUUGGAGAAAUGACGCGUUUCUGGUGUUUGUUUUGGCUCCAUGUUUACAUCGCUUCCUGUGGAGGAGUUGGGGCUCGCGCAGCUGCAGACCAGGGGACCGCUGGGGCUGUGGACACCCCUCCGACAAUAGGGGGGCCCUUCAGCUCAGCCACAUCGGCUCCGGGGAGUUCGGGAGUCACUGAGCAGGCAACCCGUCCGCCCGCUUUGGACUCCAUGAUAACUACUACACCGGACUCCAUGGUAACCAAUACACAGGACUCCCUGGUAACAGCUCCACGGGACUCCAUGGUAACCAAUACACAGGACUCCCUGGUAACAGCUCCACGGGACUCCAUGGGAAAUACUAAUCCCUCCAUAACUGAGGCUCCAUCACCUACAACCACCGUCCAGACCGUGAUAUCUGGAGAAGGUUGUCUCUGCGAUUUAACGCCUGAUUUUUGUGACAUUGGCUGCUGUUGUGACACAGCUGAUUGUGAUGCUGCCAACCUAACAGCCAUCUUCACUGGAUGUUCACCAGCAGUUAUCAGAUCUGAAGUCUGCGUUGAGAAGUGGCUCAUGUUCAGAGCCAACGUUGAUUCAUCUCUUGUCACCGUCACUGACACCAUGUUUUGUGUGCGUUCCAAAGCUGCUGCUCCUCAGUCUCUCCCUUCCCUCCAUGAGAGUCCAGCUUUAGGAGACUCGUACCACUUCUCACCAUCAGGACACAUGUUCAUCAGGCACAGCAGGCACUUCUACAGGGCCGAUGAUGUUAUCCAGACGUUUUUCUCCAACUCCUCUGUCCGUGGUCUCCUUCGUCAACCUUCUGCUGGAGCAGCUUCUGCUUUCUGCUUCAACCGCAACCCUGCAAGGUUUCUUAGGUCUUCGCUGCUGACUUGUACCCGCAUGGUGACUCCCCAGUCUUGCACCACAGAUUCGAGUCUCAGCGCUCACUCCUACACUUCACCCAUGAGUCUGAUAAAGAUUCCAAUCAACGAAACUGUGACUCCAUCAGAUUUUCUGAUCCCAGUCAUUCCACUGGGCCAGUGGCCUGCACCAGUAAAAAUGAACAACUCCUGUUUAAAUGUUGUGGAAAAGGUGGAGUUUACCAUCGGCUUCACGAGCAGAGGGGAGCUGUCCAACGCUUCGGUCAGCGUGGUUUUGACUGAUCGGACUCUCCAUCAGCAGCUGCUACAAACACACUCUGUGCAGUUCCAGCUGACCACUCCCAGCCCCACUCCAGCAAGGGCGACACCUGCUGUCGGAUAUCGAGUGGGGUCUCUGGUUUUUGGUCACUUUGAAGGAGAAGUGAAACCCGUGACCACACUUGGACCGUCACAGGGUGGGGAGUGUUCUCCUGUUCCCAGAUCAGCCGUCCUCUUCACACACAACACCAUCUCUGGCUGCACAUUCAUUUCCCUGGCCAGGAACUGCACCGAGCUGCGUUCACGGAUUUAUGAGAUCUUACAAGGACCGGCUGCUCCUGACAUGAUGGCCAUGAACUCAGGCUCCCAGCCGGACUGGACCAGAGUAAUCAGGCGAGAGUGUCCCAUCAGCCCGCAGGAAACGUGUGACUCCGGCUGCGUCCUCCCACUCUCCCUCUCGGUCCAAGUGCUGUGGGCUCGCCAGGGUUUCACCGACGUUCCUCAGAGCUACAUCCUGGGAGCCAAGUUUCUCUUCCACUGUCAAAAAGUCAAGUGUCCUUCUACGUUUCCUCUCGCCCUGACAACCAGAGUUGUGUUUGUUGAGACCACUGUUUACCCAGAAGUCCCCAGAGGAUCGCCUCAGCCUCACGUUUAGCCUCUUCACAAGCAGCGGCGCCGAGCUGGACGACGUCCCUGUCAGCAGCAGCAACGCUGCGGAGGUCACAGUCUGGACGCUAACAGGAUCAUCGCUACGUAGCUUCUGACCGUCAUACUCUCAGACCUUUUACCAUUUAGACUGCUGGCUGAAGGAAGAGCGUGUCCUUUUCAAAAGUAAAAAUACUUGUUUUUAUUCACUUAUUUUACAAGAUAAUAAAUAUUUUCUAAGAUAA